AUGAGCCUCCUACGAGCUGUAUGUAUUCUCACGACUUUUGUGAUCUGUGAGUGUGCGGAGAAACCUCACAUUGUUUUCAUAGUUGCGGAUGACCUCGGUUGGAACGAUGUUGGAUUCCGGAACCCUCAAAUGAUCACACCUAAUCUGGACAGACUGGCCAAAGCGGGAGUCAUCCUCAACUCCUCUUACGUCCAGCCUCUAUGUUCGCCCUCCAGAAACUGCUUCAUGUCGGGGUAUUUCCCGUAUCACACUGGACUACAAGAUGGCGUUAUUCAGACAGAGGCAGCACAAUUCCUUCCUGUCAACCUGACAACAAUCCCUCAGAAACUGAAACAACUUGGCUAUGAUACUCACAUGGUUGGAAAGUGGCAUCUAGGUUUCUGUAACUGGAAGUAUACACCUACAGAGAGAGGCUUUGACACCUAUCUUGGAUAUUACUCUGGAAUGGAGGACUAUUUUACUCACAUAUCACAGAAUCACGGAGGUGACAUGGGACUGGAUUUUCACUUCAAUAAAACUGCCUACAGAGACGCCAAUGGUACAUAUUCUGCACAUUUGUUUGCAGACAGAGCCAUUGAAAUCAUCGACAACCACGAUAAAAGCAAGCCACUUUAUAUGUACCUCCCAUUCCAGUCGGUACAUGAACCUCUUGAAGUUCCGCCCAAAUAUGAAAACAUGUACAAGAACAUAGAAACCAAAAAAAGAAGGAUAUAUUGUGGAAUGGUGACAGCGUUAGACGAAGCUGUUGGCAAUAUCACUAGGACAUUAGAAGAAAAAGGGCUUAUGGACAAUCUACUAUUAGUCUUUACAACUGAUAAUGGUGGUCCUACGUAUAAAGCUGCUAAUAACUUGCCUUUGCGAGGUGCCAAGGCUACACUAUGGGAAGGGGGAACGAAAGGAACUGGAUUCAUCUACAGUAAAUCCCUUCUCAAGAAGACGGGCUACCUCAACACUGGAAUGAUGCAUGCUGUGGACUGGUACCCGACAUUGGUGGAGUUGGCUGGUGGAGAGAACACAGAUCCCAACAUGGACGGAGUCAGUCAGUACAACAUGCUCAUCAAUGGUGGAGCCAGCAAGCGAAAUGAGUUCGUCUACAACAUCUAUGACGAGAUUGAUGCAGCUGCAAUACGGUACGGAGAUCUUAAGCUCAUCCAAGGCAGUCCAGGAGCUCACAAUGGUUGGGCUCCUUUGCCACAUCUGGGAAUUGAUGAAGGUGUCUAUGAAGCUGAUAACCAAACGUUCCCUCCCUUCAUGCUCUACAACAUCACUGCAGAUCCAACCGAACACUUCGACCUCUCAGCCAUGUACCCUGAGCUGGUGGACAUGAUGAAGAAGAGGCUAGAAAUCUGGAAACAGUCUGGUGUUCCGGCGCAGGACAAUUCUAGUAUUCCUGCAGCAAACCCAAAAUACUAUGACGGUGUAUGGAGCCCAGGCUGGUGUUAAUUUCUCUGAACUGAUAAAUGGACAUUUCAAACUGCA